CUGCCGCUCGGAGAACUAAGAAAUGGCGUCGACAGCACACUUCUCGGAGGAGGAGAUGGCAGAGCUACGAGAGGCUUUCAGCAAAGUCGAUAUCAGUGGGAACGGCUUCAUCCACACCAACGAUUUAACAGAUGUGUUGAAGGCAGCCAAUCUCCCUCUCCCAGGAUAUAAAGCCAGAGAACUCAUUCAGAAUUUGACAACCACGGGCGAUGGCAGGAUCAGUUUUGAUGAAUUUAUUUCAAUUUUCCAAAACCUGAAGAGUGAUGACGUUGCUAAGUCAUUCCGAAAACAAAUCAACAAAAAGGAGGGGAUCUGUGCUAUCGGCGGGACAUCUGAGCAGUCCAGUGCUGGCACACAACACUCUUACUCAGAGGAAGAAAAGUAUGCCUUUGUCAACUGGAUUAAUAAAGCUCUUGAGAAGGACCCUGACUGUAAACACGUGGUCCCAAUGAAUCCAGAAACAGAUGACCUCUUCCAGGCGGUCGGUGAUGGCAUAGUGCUAUGUAAGAUGAUCAACUUUUCAGUGCCAGAUACCAUUGAUGAGAGAACAAUCAACAAAAAGAAACUCACACCCUUCACAAUACAGGUACUAAAAUCCUUGAUUGCUCUUCUGAGAGAAGGAGAGAGCUUGGAGGAUCUGAUGAAGUUGUCUCCAGAGGAACUGCUGCUGAGGUGGGCAAAUUAUCACCUGGAGAAUGCAGGAUGCAACAAAGUCAACAACUUCAGCUCAGACAUCAAGCAGCCUGACUUCUACAGCAUUAUAAAGGACUCAAGAGCUUAUUACCAUUUGCUGAACCAAGUUGCCCCCAAGGGAGAUGAAGAAGGCAUUCCGGCUAUUACUAUUGACAUGUCAGGAUUAAGGGAGAAGGAUGACGUCCAGCGAGCAGAGUGCAUGCUGCAGCAGGCGGAGCGGCUGGGCUGCCGGCAGUUCGUCACGGCCACUGACGUCGUCCGGGGGAAUCCAAAGCUAAACUUGGCCUUCAUCGCCAACUUGUUCAACAAAUACCCUGCCCUGCAUAAGCCAGAGAACCAGGACAUCGACUGGAGCUCUAUUGAAGGUGAGACAAGGGAAGAGAGGACGUUCAGGAACUGGAUGAACUCCCUGGGUGUUAAUCCACGUGUAAAUCACUUAUAUAGUGACCUGUCAGAUGCCUUGGUUAUCUUCCAGCUCUAUGAAAAGAUCAAAGUGCCAGUAGACUGGAACAGAGUGAACAAACCACCAUAUCCUAAACUGGGUGGCAACAUGAAGAAGCUUGAAAACUGCAACUAUGCAGUGGAACUGGGAAAGAAUCAAGCCAAAUUUUCCCUUGUUGGCAUCGCUGGGCAAGAUCUGAAUGAAGGAAACCGUACGCUCACGCUGGCCUUAAUCUGGCAGUUGAUGAGAAGGUACACCCUGAAUAUCCUUGAAGACAUUGGUGGUGGAGAGAAGGUCAAUGAUGAAAUCAUUGUCAGCUGGGUCAAUGAAACACUGACUGCAGCUGGGAAGGAUUCAACCAUCUCCAGUUUCAAGGAUAGCAAAAUCAGCACCAGCAUGCCAGUCCUGGAUCUCAUUGAUGCCAUUCAACCAGGAUCAAUCAAAUAUGACCUCUUGAAAACAGAGGACCUGAAUGAUGAGGAGAAACUAAAUAAUGCUAAGUAUGCCAUCUCUAUGGCAAGAAAAAUUGGAGCAAGAGUCUAUGCCCUUCCAGAAGACCUGGUUGAAGUAAAACCCAAAAUGGUCAUGACAGUGUUUGCUUGCCUUAUGGGAAAAGGCAUGAAGAAAGUUUAAAGCACAAAAGACUUGUACUGAUGCCUGGUAUUCACCCUUCUGGUUCCCUCAAACUGGAUGUUCUUCUCCUUAUCAAGGAAAUAUGCAGGGUGCUCAUGCUUUUAAAGCAUGAAUGUUAUACACAGUUCCAGAUCGUACAAAAGUUGUGUAUCCACAUGUAUCCAGGAAAUGUUUUGUUCUGAACAAUAAUAUGUGCUUGAUUUCUUUGCCUUAUUUUCCACUUUGCUAGAUAUAACCAUUUCAUCUUCCUGAGUAAGUUCUCAAUAAUGAGGCCUAUACAUAUCCUUUUAUUAAUGGAUACCAGGGUUUUCUGCCAGAGGUCACCUGGAGAUCUUUGUCUUGGGAGGUACAGACAGCUUUUAGGAUUAUGAAAUGUUAUAUGCUGCUUCUGCCUGAAAAUGUCUUCAUGCUUCUGGUAGCAUUUCUGCCAUACUUUUCUUCAGUUUGCACC